UCUCUGAUAGGUAAGAGAAUGGACUUAGUGAAAUUAGAGUUUGAAAUUCUCGAGUCAUGAUUCGGAUUUUUUGUGCCAGGGACAGAUUCAAGGAGUAAAAACCAAGAAUAACCUAACUUCUCGCGGGGCCUUCUCCCCCUGAUUUUGUUAUCAGAAGGGUAAGGUCGUGAAAACCCCUGGUCUUAACUCUGUUUUACAUAUAAAAAAUUUAAUUUAUGCCUUCUAAUUUUAGCAAUGUCCAUGCUGGUGCUGAACCUGGCCAAGCUUUUCAGUCGCCUUCAAUCUUCUCCCAAGGUGUGCCAACUCCACAUGCAACACUUGCGAUGAGAGAUUAUAAGGAAGUUCAGCCAUCGACCGCUACAUCUGUAAUUCCUGCAGAUGAUCUUACUCGAGCUAUUAAUGACCAUCUGAAAAUUCAACUUUUAAUUCGAAGUUUUCAGACUCGAGGCCAUAACAUUGCUGAUCUCGACCCUUUGGGAAUUAAUAGCGCUGAUUUGGACGAUACUAUACCUAGAGAGCUCGAGCUGGACUUUUAUGGUUUUAGUGAGCAAGAUUUGGAUCGAGAAUUUCUUUUGCCGCCUACAACGUUUAUAGGAGGUGAUAAGGCAACUCUUCCGCUUCGAGACAUUUUUGAACGUCUUAAGAAAAUUUAUUGUCAUCGUACCGGAAUUGAAUAUAUGCACUUGACCAAUUAUGAACAACAAGAUUGGGUUAGAAAACAUUUUGAAGCUCCUCGCGUCACAGAAUUAACACCUGCUCAAAAGAAAGUUUUGUUCAAACGUCUAAUCCGUUCUACAAAAUUUGAAGAUUUUCUUGCCAAAAAAUGGCCCAGUGAAAAACGUUUUGGGUUGGAAGGAUGUGAAGUAUUAAUUCCUGCUAUCAAACAAGUUAUUGAUCAAUCUUCAGCUAUGGGUGUUGAUUCCGUCGUUAUUGGAAUGCCACAUAGAGGACGCUUAAAUGUUUUGUCCAAUGUUUGCCGCCAACCGCUUAGCACAAUCCUUUCUCAAUUCAGUACUCUUGAGCCGACAGAUGAGGGUUCUGGUGACGUUAAAUAUCAUCUUGGGGUUUGUAUUGAACGUUUAAAUCGGCAAUCUCAACGAAAUAUAAAAAUUGCGGUAGUGGCGAAUCCUUCUCAUUUGGAAGCUGUUGAUCCUGUUGUACAAGGCAAAGUUCAUGCGGAAGCUUAUUACAGCAAUGAUCCUACAUGUGAUCGACAUUUGGCAUUGGUAUUGCAUGGAGAUGCUUCUUUCUCUGGACAAGGCGUUGUUAUGGAAACUUUCAAUCUAAACGAUUUGCGUGAUUAUACAAUUCAUGGAGCCAUUCAUAUCGUAGUAAAUAAUCAAAUUGGAUUUACUACCGAUCCGCGUUCUUCUCGUUCCUCUCCUUAUUGUACAGAUGCUGGGCGUGUUAUGGGCGCGCCUAUAUUUCACGUGAAUGCUGAUGAUCCUGAGGCUGUUAUGCAUGUCUGCAAUGUCGCUUCCGAAUGGAGAAAAGAAUUUAGGAAGGAUGUCAUUAUCGAUCUUGUAUGUUAUCGUCGUUAUGGACAUAACGAAUUAGACGAACCAAUGUUCACACAACCAUUAAUGUAUCAACGUAUCAAACAAACAAAACCGGUUCUAGAGCAAUAUCAAAAGAAAAUUUUGGCUGAAGGAGUAGCUGAUCAAGAAUAUGUUGAUGACGAAUUUAGUAAAUAUGGAUCUAUUUUGGAAGAAGCUUAUGAAAGUGCAAAGAAGAUAACAACAGUUAGAAAUCGUGAUUGGCUAGAUUCGCCAUGGGAUGAUUUCUUUAGAGAUAAAAAUCCUUUUUAUGUGCCACCGACAGGAAUUGAUAAAGAAAAUUUGGAACAAAUUGUGAUGAAAUUCUCGCAAAUUCCUGAAGGAUUUAAUUUACAUAGAGGAUUGGAAAGAACGUUGAAAGGUCGUCGUGAUAUGUUUCAUGAAGAUAGCCUUGAUUGGUCUAUUGGUGAGGCAUUAGCUUUUGGUUCUCUACUUAAAGAAGGAAUUCAUGUUCGUCUUUCUGGUCAAGAUGUGGAACGAGGAACCUUUUCUCAUCGUCAUCAUGUCUUACACGACCAAAAAAUUGAUCAGAAAACAUAUAAUCCUUUGAAUGAUUUGUCUGAGACUCAAGCCGAGUACGUUGUUUGCAACUCUUCUUUGAGUGAAUAUGCCGUUUUAGGAUUUGAACUUGGCUAUUCUCUUGUAAACCCAAACUCAUUAAUCAUUUGGGAGGCUCAAUUUGGUGAUUUUGCUAAUACUGCUCAAUGUGUUAUUGAUCAAUUUAUUUCUUCUGGACAGUCUAAAUGGAUUAGACAAAGCGGUUUGACUUUGUUGCUUCCUCAUGGUUAUGAAGGAAUGGGUCCAGAACAUAGCAGUGCUCGGCCAGAACGUUUUUUGCAAAUGUGUAAUGAAGAUGAUGGAGUUCGUUUUGAUGAGGAUAUGACGUUUGAUGAUGCUUUUGUAGCUCGUCAAUUGAAUGAUACUAAUUGGAUCGUAGCAAAUCCGACAACCCCGGCAAACUUUUUCCAUUUGCUAAGACGUCAAAUUUAUGUGCCGUUCCGUAAACCGUUGAUUGUAUUUACUCCUAAAUACCUUCUUCGUCAUCCUUUGGCUCGUUCCUCUAUUGAAAGUUUUUUGACUGGAACAUCGUUUCAACGUGUUGGCGUUGAAGAGGGGAAGGCAAGUGAAAAUCCGGCCAAUGUGAAACGUGUUGUUUUCUGUUCAGGGAAGGUUUAUUAUGAUAUUUUGUUGGAACGCAAAAAGAGAGGACUUGAAGCUGAUGUUGCUCUUGCUCGUGUAGAACAAAUUAGUCCAUUUCCUUAUGAUUUGCUCAUUCAAGAGUGCAAUAAGUAUUCUAAUGCGGAUAUUAUUUGGGCGCAGGAAGAGCAUAAGAAUAUGGGUGCUUGGACAUUCAUUCAACCGCGUUUUCUGUCAUUCUUGAAGAAAUCCAAUCGCGGUAUAAUUUAUGCCGGUCGAAAACCCAGUGCUUCACCUGCUACCGGUAAUAAAUUUAUUCAUCAAAAGGAGCAGGCUGAAAUGUUAGAAGCUAUCCUUGUCAAACCGGUUAAUUGA